GCUAUCGGCUGCGUGCCCUGGCGGCGGCCGGCGCGUUUCCACUUCCGGGUGUGAGGCCGGGCCGUUGCUAGGGCGGCCGUGUUGCUAAGGGAGGCCUGGCCGGCAUGGCGGGGAACCGCCUGCACAAGACCGGGAGCGUGUUCAGCCGGACGCGGAACCUGCUCCGCAUGGGCGUGGUGGAGAAGCCGCUGUGGUUCGAUGUGUACUGCGCCUUCCCCCCGCCGAGGGAGCCGCUCUUCAGGGUGCCGCGGCCGCGCUACGGCAAGGUGAAGGAUGUCGUCCGGCCCGUCUUGUACCCCGAGGAUGAAGUGCGAGCGAGGUUUUACAGAGUUUAUGGCAGUGGCCCAAGGCCUUUCGACCUGUCGCAAUCACACUACAAAUCUACUUGCCAGAGGUUUGUGGAGAAAUACAAUGAACUGAAGCAAGAAGGGAAAAUUGAAGAGGAAAAAUUGUUUGAAGAAACAGGAAAAGCCCUUUUAGCCAGUGGGAUACUGCUACAGAGAAGAGGGACGGAGAAAGUAGCACACCAGGAUCAUCGGGAUGCUGAAACCAGGGAUUCUGUGUUAAACCUGCGUCUCCAAACUGUGUUGGAAGAGAUGCAGGAGAAGGAUCAGGAGGGGCAGACAGCAGAGCCAGCAGAAAAGCAGAAGGAGAACCCCUUACCCUAAGGGCUGUGCUGUUGUCCUGUGCUGCUCAGCUGCAGGACGUGCCCUGGAGCCAGUAUUCUGCCUCCACAACCCAGUGGCUGUGGGAUGAGGGGAAUAUGCCUCAGUUGUGCAGCUCUAGUGCCUUCCCUGACUCUGUAUGUGGCACACCCUACAUGUUUUUCCAUCUCCCCAUUUAUGAGAUCUGGAGCUAAUAAUUAUUUUGGGGGGUUAAAGACUAGUCUGUCCAAUUGUGAGCUGGAAAACAUGAGUAUAAACAUGGAAAAUUAAACAAUUUUCUGUAAAGAUUGGAA